AUGGCAGAAAAAAAGUCUGACCUGCUAGAGCAACGAAAGCAAGAUCUCGUCAAUGCGAAACUCGAUGGCGACGCAAGGGAAGAAAUGUUCGCUUACAAAAAUCUUGGCGAAGCGUACAACGAGGUUGAUGAUACUAAAAGAGCGAUAGAAAACUUUAUACACAGUUUAAGGAUUGCCCAACAAGAACACGACAGAGCUUACGAAGGCGAAGUCUCGUGGGAUCUUGGAGAUGCUUACUAUGCACUCAGUGAUUAUAAACAAGCCGUAGAACACCACAACGAGUACCUUGUUAUCUCCAAAGAACUAGGAGACCAAGAUGGAGAGAUGCAUGCAAACCAUCACCUUGGCCGAUGCUAUCAUGCACUCAGUGAUUAUAAACAAGCCGUAGAACACCACAACAACUACCUUGCUAUCUCCAAAGAACUAGGAGACCUAGGUGGAGAGGGAAAUGCAAACCACGACCUUGGCGAAUGCCAUUAUGAACUCAGUGAUUAUAAACAAGCCGUAGAACACUUUAACGAGUACCUUGUUGUCUCCAAAGAACUAGGAGACCGAGGUGGAGAGGGACGUGCAAACCACGACCUUGGCCAAUGCUAUUAUGAACUCAGUGAUUAUAAACAAGCCGUAAAACACUUUAACAAGUACCUUGUUAUCUCCAAAGAACUAGGAGACCGAGGUGGAGAGGGACGUGCAAACCAUCACCUUGGCCGAUGCUAUCAUGCAUUCAGGGAUUAUAAACAAGCCGUAGAACACUUUAACAAGUACCUUGUUAUCUCCAAAGAACUUGGAGACCGAGGUGGAGAGGGACGUGCAAACUACAGCCUUGGAAGAUGCUAUCACGCACUCAGUGAUUACAAACAAGCCAUCGAACACUUUUACAAAUGCCUUAUUAUCUUCCAAGAGUUGAGAGAUAGAGCUGGAGAGAAAAAUGCAAACCACGAUCAUGGCCACUUUUAUCUGCCCAUAGCUGAUUGUAAAAAAGCCAUGGCGCACCUCAACAAAUUCCUUUUUAUUUCCAAAGAACUAGGAGACCGAGGUGGAGAGGGACGUGCAAACCAUCACCUUGGCCAAUGCUAUUAUAAACUCAGUGACCAUAAACAAGCCGUAGAACACUUUAACAAGUACCUUGUUAUCUCCAAAGAACUAGGAGACCGAGAUGGAGAGAGACAUGCAAACGGCGACCUUGGCCGAUACUAUUAUAAACUCAGUGAUUAUAAACAAGCCGUAGAACACUACAACAAGUACCUUGUUAUCUCCAAAGAACUAGGAGACCGAGGUGGAGAGGGACGUGCAAACCACGACAUUGGCCAAUGCUAUCAUGUACUCAGUGAUUAUAAACAAGCCGUAGAACACCACAAAAACUACCUUGCUAUCUCCAAAGAACUAGGAGACCGAGGUGGAGAGGGACGUGCAAACCACGACCUUGGCGGAUGCUAUUAUAAACUCAGUGAUUAUAAACAAGCCGUAGAACACUACAACAAGUACCUUGCUAUCUCUAAAGAACUAGAAGACCGACAUGGAGAGGGACGUGCAAACCACGUACUUGGCGGAUGCUAUUAUAAACUCAGUGAUUAUAAACAAGCCGCAGAACACUUUAACAAGGACCUUGUUAUCUCCAAAGAACUAGGAGACCGAAAUAGAGAGGGAAAUGCAAACCACGCCCUUGGCCAAUGCUACCAUGCACUCAGUGAUUAUAAACAAGCCGUAGAACACUUUAACAAGUACCUUGUUAUCUCCAAAGAACUAGGAGACCGACAUGGAGAGGAACAUGCAAGCCAUCACCUUGGCCGAUACUAUUAUAAACUCAGUGAUUAUAAACAAGCCGUAGAACACUUUAACAAGGACCUUGUUAUCUCUAAAGAACUAGAAGACCGAGAUGGAGAGGGACAUGCAAACCACGCCCUUGGCCAAUGCUACCAUGCACUCAGUGAUUAUAAACAAGCCGUAGAACACUUUAACAAGUACCUUGUUAUCUCCAAAGAACUAGGAGACCGACAUGGAGAGGGACAUGCAAGCCAUCACCUUGGCCGAUACUAUUAUAAAUUCAGUGAUUAUAAACAAGCCGUAGAACACCACAACAACUACCUUGUUAUCUCUAAAGAAUUAGGAGACCGAUAUGGAGAGGGAAGUGCAAACCACGACAUUGGCCAAUGCUAUCAUGCACUCAGUGAUUAUAAACAAGCCGUAGAACACCGCAACAAGUACCUUGCUAUCUCUAAAGAACUAGAAGACCGAGAUGGAGAGGGACAUGCAAACCACGCCCUUGGCCAUAGCUAUUAUAGACUCAGUGAUUAUAAACAAGCCAUCGAACACUACAACAGGUACAUUGUUAUCUCAAAAGAACUUGGGGACAGAGUGGGAGAGGGACGGGCAAACCUUAAACUUGGACAUUUUUAUUACGACCUCGGUGAUUGUAAACAAGCCAUAGAGUACAUGGAGCAAAGUGUGAUCAUUGCCAAAAAUACUGGGGAUAAAGUUGCGGAGGGAAAAGCUAAAGGGUUCUUGGGCGAAAUUUAUCUACGUUAUGUCAACGAUUAUGAAAAAGCAAGAGAGAACUUCAUGCAACAACUUGACAUCGCCAAAGACGUAGGGGACUGCGAUGGUGAACUAAACGCUUACGAAAGCCUUGGGAGUGUUUAUAACACCCUUGGUAAGUUCAGCACAGCCAAAGAUUACUUUGACAUAGAACUUGCCAUCGCUAAAGAAAUCAAGAAUAGGAAAGCAGAGGCACGAUCCUAUCUCGGUCUUGGCUCAGCUCAUCUGCAGCGAAGAGAUUUUAGGAAAGCCAUCGAAUUCUUCGGCCAAUUUCUUAGCAUUGCUGAAGAAGAGAAGGUAGGAAUGCCACAAAGUUGUGUCUACCACAGGUUGGGUGACGCCUAUCUUGGACUCAAUAAUUUCAAGGAAGCUGCUAACUACGGUAUGAAAAGUCUUGUCUUGGCAAAAGAAAAAGGAGGCCGAGGUUGCGAGAGAACAGCGAAUUAUAUCCUUGGCCGUACUAUGGAAAGGUUCAAUUUCCUACAUGAAGCUCUAGAUCAUUAUCGGUCCGCUUUAAAGGCCGUAAAUCAUGAGAGGGACAUUAUGAAGGCUGAGGACGCUCACAAAAUAUGCUUCCGAAAUUCUCGUCAGUUAACGUACGAUGCCCUGUGCAGAACUUUGUUGAAACUUUCAAACUUAGGCGAGGCUUUGUGUGUCGUUGACCAAGGAAGAGCACAAGUCUUACUAGAUUACAUGAAGCAAAAAUAUCAGAAGGAAUUUCCACCACCAAGGGCAUCAGAACCCGACGUAGCACCUUUGGUUUCCACACAAACAAUUUACAUUUCACUUGAAAAAGAGACGAUUAAUAUGUGGCUGGUCACCGUAGAACACCACAACAACUACCUUGCUAUCUCCAAAGAACUAGGAAACCGAGAUCGAGAGGGACAUGCAAACCACGCCCUUGGCCAUUUCUAUGAUAAAUUCAGUGAUUAUAAACAAGCCAUCGAACACUACAACAAGUACCUUGUUAUCUCAAAAGAACUUGGGGACAGAGUGGGAGAGGGAAAGGCAAACCUUGACCUUGGACAUUGUUAUCGCGACCUCAGUGAUUAUAAACAAGCCAUAUGGUGCGCGGAGCAAAGUGUGAUCAUUGCCAAAAAUACUGGGGAUAAAGUUGCGGAAGGAAAAGCUAAAAAAUUCUUGGGCGAAACUUAUCGAUUUUAUGUCAACGAUUAUGAAAAAGCAACAGAGAACUUCAUGCAACAACUCGACAUCGCCAAACACGUAGGGGACCGCGAUGGUGAACAAGACGCUUACAGCAACCUUGGGUUGGUUCAUAACAUCCUUGGUAAGUUCAGCACAGCCAAAGGGUACUUUGACAUUCAACUUUCCAUUGCUAAAGAAAUCAAGAAUAGGAAAGCAGAAGCAAGCUCCUAUUUCGGUCUUGCCCGGGCUCAUCUGCUGCGAAGAGAUUUUAUGAAAGCCAUCGAAUUAUUCGGCCAAUUUCUUAGCAUUGCUGAAGAAGAGGAGGUAGAAGAGCCAGAAGGAUGUACCUACCACAAUUUGGGUGAGGCCUAUCUUGGACUCAAUAAUUUCAAGGAAGCUGUUAACUACGGUAUGAAAAGUCUUGCCUUUGCAAAAGAAAAAGGAAACAAAUGUGGCGAGAGAGUGGCGAAUUAUAUCCUUGGCCGUACUAUGGAAAGCUUCAAUCUCCCACAUGAAGCCUUGGAUCAUUAUCGCUCCGCUUUAAAGCUCGUAAAUGAUGAGAGGGACAUUAUCAAGGCUGAAGAUGCUCACAAAAUAUGCAUACGAAAUGCUCGUCAGAUUGAGUACGAUGCCCUGAGCAGAACUUUGCUGAAACUUUCAAACUUUGGCGAGGCUUUGUGUGUUGUUGAUCAAGGAAGAGCACAGAUCUUACUAGAUUACAUGAAGCAAAAAUAUCAGAUGGAAUUUCCUCCGCCCAGGACAUCAGAACCUAACGUAGCACCUUUGGUUUCCACACAAACAAUUUUCAUUUCACUUGUAAAAGAGACGAUUAAUGUAUGGCUGCCAUUGCCUCACGCUGAAAAGGAAGUGCAAAUGAUUGGAGAAAUCAUCAACGCCACACCACUCGUCGGAAAGGAAGCGACUAAAGACGAAGUACUGAAACGUAUUGCUUCUGUCGCUUUGGUCCACAUCGCCACGCAUGGAAGCGCGGAGACAGGUGACAUUUGUUUGGCCCCAAAUCCUUCAAGGAAGUACCGGAAACCGGAGAAGGAAGACUACCUGCUGAAAAUGUCAGAUAUCAAAGCUCUGAAGCUUCGAGCAAGACUUGUCGUGCUUAGCUCUUGUCACAGUGGUCGAGGGGACGUUUCUGCCGAAGGCGUGGUUGCCUCGUCACCAAUUGCCCAGAGUGUCGCCAGAACCGAGCGGACACCAGAAGCUAAGAGAGCCCAUGCAAUACUGACCACGCCUUCGGCAGAAACUUUCCCUCGACCACUGUGA